AUGACAGCUCUGGGAUACGGAGGCAACAGGCUCGUGAUAGAUUCCUCCACGUCCUCCCAUCCUUCACACGCCCACAUUAUCUCCUCUGGCCGUCCGUCGUUCCCUGCUCUGGUUGUCGAGCUGGGGUCCGGUAGCGGCUUCGUGCUUACAUCAGUGGCUCUCGUCCUCCGCGCCCUCUCUGCUCCUUCUGCCCCCGCUGUCAUCGCAAGCAGCAGCAGUGCUGCUAUUAGUGCUGGCGGUGCUGAUGCUGCUGGUAGGGGUCCUGGCAAUGGUGCUGCUGCUGCCGUCUCCCUCGCCUCUCAGGCCGCAUUUCUAGCAGUGGACAUUAAUCCCCAUGCCGCAGACAUCACCCGACAAACCCUAGCAGCCCACUGCAUUCCAGCAGACGUUCUUUUAUCAGAUCUCGGAUCGGCCCUUAUACCGAGGAUGGCAGGCCAAGUGGACAUUCUCAUUUUUAACCCGCCAUACGUCCCCACUUCGCCGCAAGAAGUGCACCGCCCAGGAAUCACACAAGCCUGGGCGGGAGGGGAUCGUGGGAGGGAAGUAAUUGAUCGAGCUUUGGAGGUUUCAGCAGAGCUGUUGUCUCCCACAGGGGUGUUUUACCUGCUUGUUGUGGCGGAGAAUGACCCUGAAGAGGUGGGGGAGAGGAUGAGAGGGUUGGGGUUUGAAGGAGAGGAGCUGCUGAGGAGAGGGACGGAAGAGGAGGUUAUAGUGGUGCUCAAGUUUUGGAGAGUAAAAUUACUGUGA